GGCCCGGCGGCAGAAGGAGCCCCCGGGGGCGCCACCUCCAUCCUGUCUGGCUUUGGUGGCAUUGCUGGGCUCGGUCACUUGGGGAUGGGCUCAGCAAACUUCAUGGAGCUUCAGCAGCAGAUGCAGCGGCAGCUGAUGUCCAAUCCGGAGAUGCUCUCCCAGAUCAUGGAGAACCCGCUGGUCCAGAGCAUGAUGUCCAACCCGGACUUCAUGAGGCAGAUGAUCAUGGCCAAUCCCCAGAUGCAACAACUGAUGGAACGGAACCCAGAAAUCACUCACAUGCUGAAUAACCCAGAGCUUAUGCGCCAGACAAUGGAGUUGGCGCGCAACCCAGCUAUGAUGCAGGAGAUGAUGCGCAACCAGGACCGAGCCCUGAGCAACUUGGAGAGUGUUCCCGGAGGGUACAAUGCCUUGCGACGCAUGUACACAGAUAUCCAGGAACCGAUGUUCAGCGCUGCCAGGGAGCAGUUUGGCAACAAUCCCUUCUCUGCUCUGGCCGGGAGUUCGGACACCCCAAACUCGCAACCUCUGCGGACGGAAAACCGAGAGCCGUUGCCCAACCCUUGGAAUCCUGUGCCUGCUUCUCAGAACCAGGUGCCGGGGAACGAAGGAAGCCCUGAGCCAGUCCCAAGCCAGAGCAGGCCCACCGUCUCCAACCCUUUGGGGAUCAACGCAGCCACCCUGGGGACAGGAACAUUCAGUAGCCCCGAGAUGCAGGGUCUCCUGCAGCAGAUCUCAGAGAAUCCUCAGCUGAUGCAGAAUGUGAUUUCUGCUCCUUACAUGCGUACGAUGUUGCAAACACUUGCCCAGAACCCAGAUGUUGCAGCUCAAAUGAUGGUAAAUGCCCCGCUCUUUGCUGGCAACCCUCCGCUUCAGGAGCAACUGCGCCUUCAGCUACCAGCCUUCCUACAGCAGAUGCAGAACCCUGACUCGCUCUCGAUCCUGACAAAUCCUCGUGCCAUGCAGGCUUUGCUCCAGAUCCAGCAAGGGCUCCAGACGCUGCAAACGGAGGCCCCGGGCCUCAUGCCCAGUCUUGGGUCUCUUGGAACCCCCCAGCCCCCCGCACCUUCUGCCGGAGGAAGUACAAUCCCAGAGCCCCCUAUAUCCAGUAGCUUGACCCCUGCCAGUGCCUCACCAACUGGGGACAGUAACCCCUCCCAGCAGCUCAUGCAGCACAUGAUCCAGCUCCUGGCCAGUGCAAACUCUCAGGCGCAGAGCCCGGAAGUCCGGUUCCAGCAACAGCUGGAGCAGCUCAGCGCCAUGGGCUUCAUCAACCGCGAGGCCAACCUCCAGGCCCUCAUCGCCACGGGAGGAGACAUCAACGCUGCCAUUGAAAGACUGUUGGGCUUCCAGCCCUCCUAACACCAUGCAAGGCUUCGCUGCUCUGCUCCAGGCUGUUGGCACGCAGGGACCUUUCCGGGAGUGUGCUGUUUUCAUACCCGACACCGGUAGCUGCCCAUCCCUGUAAAGACUGGAACGAAAACCCCUCGAGUUCAGCACGGCCAGUUCGGUCUCGCACCGAAUGCUUUAGACGCCGCAUUGUGCAUGGAUUCCAGUUCCCACGACCGUUUCGGACCUGUCUUUCUCUCCCUUUCCUUAUUCCUCCCCCCCACUUUGUUCUCAGAAUUAGGCUCCUCCUUCUCGUUCGUAGAAGUGUAACUUCUAGGUAACCCAGAUGAUUGUGUUCAAUUAGUUUGCCCUUUGCAUAGUUUUUUUUCUUUCCCUGCUCCAUCCUCCUUCCCACCAGAAGCCAAGCCACGAGGAAAUGCCAGCUGUGGUUUUUCUGUCCGAAGAUGGGUCUCAUGGAAGAGAUAAAGAUGGGACAAUAUUGUGAAAUGCUAGUAAAAAUAACAGAAAGCUC